GUGUUAUCGUUGCCGGGAGGACUGCCGGCCAUGCCCGUGCGGCGACGCCGGGGUGCCUCGGCGGGGACUCGGGCCGGCGUCGGCGGGGCCUCGGGCGGCGGGGGCCUCUGCUCCUGCUGGUCCGGCAGCCCCGACGAGCCUCCCGAGAUCACCUACCACGUGGUCGAGAACGGCGUGGUCACGCUGCCGCCGCCCCCGCUGCUCACGCCCACCCACCCGCUUCCGGACGAGACCGAGCUGAACGCAAAGUUCGCCGAACUGGUCGAUGAACUUGAUCUCACGGCGGCAAAGAAGGAGGUCAUGUUCAACCUUCCAUCGGAGAAGAAGUGGCAACUGUAUCUCAGCAAAAAAAUGGAACAGUCUGACACAUCGUCAUCGCAUUUCCCAGACUACUACAUCGAACGGGUGAAUGCCAUGUCAAUGCUUCUGUUUCCCAGGGAGGAGGAAGAAGUGAACACCCGAGCCAAGCUUUUAGACAACCUCAAGACAGCACUUCGGACCCAACCAAACAGUUUCGUGACCAGAUUCUUGGACCAGGAUGGUAUGUCCUGCCUGCUGAACUUCCUCGGUGGAAUGGACUAUAACACCGCACAGAGCCCAAUCCACACCUCCCUCAUCGGCUGUGUCAAAGCUCUCAUGAACAAUUCGAAUGGCAGGGCCCAUGUGCUGGCCCACCCGACUGCCAUCAACACCAUCGCCCAGAGUUUGAGCACUGAGAACAUCAAGACCAAGAUUGCAGUCCUCGAGAUCCUCGGUGCCAUGUGCCUGGUGCCAGGGGGACAUCGCAAGGUCCUGGAAGCCAUGCUGCACUUCCAGAAGCAUGCCUGUGAACGAACACGGUUUCAGACCGUUCUCAACGACCUGGAUCGCAGCACGGGUAUCUACAAGGACGAAGUGAACCUGAAGACUGCCAUCAUGUCCUUUGUGAAUGCCAUUCUCAACUAUGGUCCAGGCCAGGACCAUUGGGAGUUUCGACUUCACCUCCGCUACGAGUUCCUCAUGCUUGGAAUUCAGCCCACCAUCGAGAAGCUCAGAAGCCACGAGAACGCGACCCUCGACAGGCAUCUUGACAUCUUUGAAAUGGUGCGGUUUGAGGAUGAAAAAGAGCUGGGCCGAAAGUUUGACAUGGCCCACGUGGACACCAAAAGUUGCACGGCCAUGGUCGAGGCUGUGAACAAGAAGCUCUCGCUCACGCCAGCUUACCCACACUUCCUUUCACUCCUUCAUCAUACCCUGCUAAUUCCAUAUCUGGGUGGAUCACCGCAGCAUUGGAUCCUUUUUGACCGCAUUGUCCAGCAAAUCGUGGUACAAGGAGAGAAGGGUGAAGAUCAUGACAUUGCAGUUAUUGACAUCAACGUCUCAAAAAUACUCAAAGAACUUGCCACAGAAGAAGAACUGAGGGUUGCCAAGGAGAAUGCUGAUCGAUUUGAGAAGGAAAACAUCGAUCUUGCAACGCAGAUUGUCAAGAAGGAGCAAGAGCUUGAACAAAGCACGCAGGAAAAGGAAGAUCUCCAGGCAGCACUGGCCAAGACGAAAGACAAGUUGGAACGAGAGACGGUCGGGCAUUUGGAGGACAAGCAAAAGAUCGAGGAGUUGGAGUAUCGCAUACGAGAAAUCACUCAGGCCUUGGAUUGCGAGCGGCGGCAAAAGAGUCUUGGGGACGGAAGUCUUCGCAAUGGUGUGUCGGACGAGACACGCCUACGAGCUGGCUCUGCCUCCUACACAGGGUCGUUUUCCACUCCCCCACCGCCCCCACCACCACUUCCGUCCAAUGGAGCUCCACCGCCAGCCCCCCCGCCUUUGCCAGGAUCUGCCCCGCCGCCUCCACCAUGCAUGCCCCUGACAAGAACAACCAGGGCAACGAAAAACAUCCCGCAGCCUACAAACCCUCUCAAGUCUUUCAACUGGUCCAAGCUGCCAGAGACGAGAGUAGAUGGCACGGUGUGGACGGAGCUGGAUGAUAUGAAGAUGUACAAGGACAUUGACCUUGCAGACAUUGACAGAACAUUUUCAGCAUACCAGAAACAGCUUGGUUGUGGGGCCAAUGGGUCUCUGGAGGACAUCACUACCAUCACCUCCAGGAGUCCCCGGGUACGGGAACUGUCGCUGAUCGACGGUCGCAGGGCCCAGAACUGCACCAUCCUGUUGUCCAAGCUGAGGCUCACAAAUGAGGAAAUCUCUAAGGCCAUUCUUUCUAUGGACUCCAAGGACCAAUUGCCCAAGGACAUGGUGGAACAGUUGCUCAAGUUUCUCCCAAGCCCUGAGGAAAAAGUUUUGUUGGAAGAACACAGCACAGAGCUGGACAACAUGGCCAAGGCUGACAGAUUCCUCUAUGAAAUCAGCAGGAUUAUUCACUAUGAACAACGACUGAAGACAUUGUACUACAAGAAGAAGUUCCAAGAAAGGGUUGCAGACUGCAAGCCCAAGAUUGUUGCUGUGCUCGAGGCCUCCAAAGAGGUGCAACGGAGCAAGCGGCUCAAGAAGCUCCUCGAGGUGGUCCUGGCAUUUGGGAACUACAUGAACCGGGGACAGAGAGGCAAUGCUGUGGGGUUCAAACUCUCGAGCCUCAACCACCUGGCAGACACCAAGUCCAGCACCAACCGCAACUUCACCCUGCUGCACUACCUCAUUGAGACGCUCGAGAAGAAGUUCAAGGACAUUCUUCAGCUGGAAGAAGACAUCCCACAUGCCAAAAAAGCAGCGAAAGUCAACCUUGGAGAACUGAGCAGAGAAAUUCAGGACCUGAAGACGGGCCUCAGCGAAGUGCAACGGGAGCUGGAGUUCCUGCGCGGGCAGCCUGCUCAGCAUGGGGACAAGUUUGUUCUGGUCAUGAAGGAGUUCAUCACAGGAGCUACAUACAAGUUUUCCGAGUUGGAAGACAGCUUCCAGGACAUGAAGUCUAGGUACGAAAAGACUGUGCGAAGAUUUGGCGAAGAUCCACUGCAGAUGCCUCCUGAUGAGUUCUUUGGCAUCUUCGACUCCUUCCUCACGUCGUUCAGCGAAGCCCGCAACGACAAUGAGAACUUCAAGAGGCGGAAGGAGGACGAGGAGCGUCGCACCAAGCAGGAGGCCGAGAAGAAAGAUCGCAAGGAUGGCACAGCUCUACGUGGUCUGGCAGCUCUGCGCGCCAAUGGCACGCAUCUUGGUGGCACCUUGAACGGAGUGAAAGCCAUGAACGGUAGUUCCGACGACAAAGGAGAGUUCGACGACCUCAUUUCGGCCCUUCGAACGGGCGACGUUUUCGGCGACGAGUUUUCCAAGGUGAGGCGCAACCGACGCAGGGGAACCAGCCCCGCAUCGAAUCCGUCGAUGGUGGUCGACAACGGACACAUCGUCAACGGAGGAACAGCAAUUCACGACAGCAGCCGGGACCGUAUCAUAUCGCGAAAGCUAAAGUCGUGAAUUUUAGGCUGUCGCACAUCUGAAUCCUCCACCAAGUCUUUGUAGAUAUACCGGCUGGCAGGCUGUGGUGGUCUUCUGGGAACGGCUGGCUCAUUUUAUCGUCGUGCGCCUCACGACUUUUGGCGUCUGACUACAAUCGAUGCCGAAACUUUGUUUCAGGAAUUUUUAAAGGAGUCUGGUACUCUUCGAUGUCUAGAGAGAAGAGUUUUUAUUUCAGCUCAUUCGUGUAGAUAAACAGUGCCUGUGUUGUCACUGCUAUGGCCCUUUGACUGCCGAAUAAAAUGAGAGUGCAUCGAACAUGAAAUGCGGGUUCAGCGAUGACACUAGCUGAGACAGGAUUGAUUCGUGAAAGCUUAAGUCAUACGGUCUAGUCUGUAGCGGCAAGUUUGGGCACUCGGUAGCUUGGCAUCUUGUUUUGCUAUGUAGAUGAGCUUUAGCCGUGGUUGCUUCAAUUCGUCACUUUGCUACGAGCUGUUGGUGUGAGUAUAUUGAGUGUCCGUUGUGGUGCUCCCAUUACGAAACAUGAAAGAAGGAAUCUCAGUAAUCUGUCCCCGUGUGGUGUUUUGAAAUGUGUUGGCAAGUUGCAAAACUGAAGGAAAAGUUGUUUCGAGAUAACAUAGUCUCAUGUUUCUUGUAGAUAGUUUUAACAUUAUUUUUUUGUUUAUUUUGUGAAUGAACAGCAAAGUGAAGUACGCUGCUAUGAGAAGCUCAUCUUUAGGCAGGUUUGCCGAGUACCCACUUCUUUAUGUGGGGAUAAGUGGGACGUUGUCUUACUUUUUGUAAAUAAUCUAGAUAUGUAAAUGAAUAAAUUCUAUCAAUGAAAUAUUCAAAGAAAGGCCACUAAUAAUAUGGUUCAGCAGAUUUUAAUGUAGUCAUUUCAUAUACACAGUUUAUUCAUCUGCAUAUUUAGAUUAUAAGCUCUUAGACCUUUACAAUUGCUUUCUUUUUUUGUAAAUAAAACACUUCCUGUAUGUGAAAGCCA